ACGUUCAUGUCGUAAACCCCGUUUGGCCCACCUUAAAAUUUUGGAUGUGGCCUCGCACUCUGGUCUGAAUCUCUGUUCAUUUUUGUCAGAGAAACUAUUUAAAUGUAUCAUUAGUGCUUGAUAUGGAGGUCAUAAUGUUUAACUACUCAUGACAGUUUAAAAAUAAACUACUCCAACGUAUGUAAGUGUAAUGGCUACAGGUAAAAGGGGAGAAUGCGUGCAUAAACAGCAACUUGAGGAUAUUUCUCGGGGAUGGCACCAUGGUAGUCAUUUCCAAGGAUGUGAACCUCAAAGUCGUCUUGAUCUGGGCUGUAGUGCACUCAACUCGUCAGGUCUCCGACAGCUGCAUUGAUGAAACAGUAAAUUUGAAUCAUAAUUCACAGAAGCUAGAAUCAUACUCUUUCAGUAAGAAACCUUUAAGUGGACAAUAUAAAAAGAGAAUUGGCAAGCCACCAUUGUAUGAAGAUACUGUUUGUUAUAAUGGGUGUACAGAUGCUUGGAUUCAUAAUCCUUAUACAUUAGCAUUUUGUAAUAAUGCUCAAGAAUUUGUUUUUUUUUCAGGCAAAACUAUGAAUGACCAUAAGAAAUCUUUACUUCAUAGUUCACUACCAGUAGAAAGCUCAACUCCACAUAAAUCAUAUUCAUCUGUCUGGUGUUAUUCAUCACCAGAAUCCAAUUUAAGAUGCCACUUCCAAAAUUUAUAUUAUAAUAUACAAAAGAAGGAAUUUGUCUUUGUGCACAGUCUUAAUUCCAUUAUAUAUGGCAUAAAUAACAUCAAAACUUUGCAGGAUCAAUUGUACCUGUCAUCUUUAAUAGGACAUAAUGCUUUCUUAAUACCAAUAACAGCUGUACUAUUUACUUCAUUUAUUACUAAAUAUGAGAAUAUUAAUUUUAAAGCUGUUCAUGGAAAGACUCUUAUUAUGACUCGUUUCAAGCCGGAUAAUCUUCUUCAUGUAUUUCAUGAUGAUCUCUUGCCUAUAUACUUUACAAUGCAAGAACUUUGUAUGAACCAAAGGCUCUGUAUAGAAGACUUAAACCUUGUGUUUACUGAUGAAGAGAAGAGAGGACCAUAUUGGGAUCUCUAUCUAAUAUUAUCUGAAAGAAUAAUGUUAAUGUCAGAGAGUAGACUGAACAGCAGGCAAGUCUGGUAUUGUUUUGAAGAUGCAUACAUUGGACUUAACAAGAUAAGUGUGUGGUAUCAGUAUGGCUUUGGAAAACCACAGGGACCUCAAGUGAGGAGUUCUUUUUCAGGGCAUCUUUUAAGAGCAUUUACUGAUUUUGUUCAACAAAGGUUAAAAAUAGAGCAUAAACCAACUCAGAAACAUUUAGGGGUUUUAAUAUCCAGAAAAUUUAACCGGAAAAUAGUGAAUGAAAAGGAAUUAUCAGCAUUUAUUAAAGACCAACUAGAAUUGUUAACCAAACAAGUCUCAGAAGUUAAGAUGUUGUCACUUGAAGAAAAUAGUAUAUUCACAAUUGUAAGUGAAUUAUCUCAGGCCCGUGUAGUGGUCGGGGUUCAUGGUGCUGCUCUGAUUCUUGGCAUGUUUCUACAACCUGGAUCCAUUUUGGUAGAAAUUUGGCCUUUUGGGAUAAAUUCCAAUGCUUCCACAGUGUAUAAGACUAUGUGUGGAUUGCAAGACUUUGGUGUUGCUUAUGUUCCAUGGAUGAAUAAGGACAUCAUUAAUACAGUAUAUCACCCUGAAUACCCUGCAGCCUAUGGAGGACUAAGUCAAUUAUCAUUUGAGGAACAACAGGAUGUAAUUAAAAGUCUUUAUAGAAACAGUCUUCAAGAUGUGGCAUGUUGUGAUAAUACUAAUUGGCUUUUUAGAAUAUACCAAGAUACUAAAGUUCAUGUCACUGAAGGUGAUACCAGAUAUAUUAGUGAUCCAUUUUCUGGUGCUUUGAGAAUUGGUUUAACAAUGUCACGAGAGUAUUUAGAAAAUAAUGUAAAAAGUAAAAGUGAUAUGCAAAGUGUACAUCCUUCCAAAGUUCAGGAAGUACAUUGUCAUUUACUUAAAGACAGUUACUAUACUAAGCUGUUAUUGGAAUGGAAGGAUCCUUGGAACAUUAAAGAUAUUAACUGUCAGAAUAUCUUCUUUGAGGUUGUGGUACAGAUAGAAGGUGACAGUUCAUUUGUAAGCAAUGUUGUAAGUAAAAGAAGAUUCUUAAAAAAAAUUAGAUUAGGAGUUGAAUCUGUAAAUACAUGGAUAACUUGCUUUUGCAAUAGUAUUGAAAGUCCUGCCUUCUUUGCAAAAUGUACUUUAUGACUUUUUGUGAAAUAUC